CAUGUUCUGCACAGCUUGCAGAAAUCAAAGCUUUAACAGCCGCAUGAUAACUAACACAGGGAAAGCGCUUAAUGUAUAUAUGUACUCUACGUUCGCUUACGGUGUGUGCCAUGUUUAUGGAAAUAUUUGGAAGCAGAGAGGCUUCCUAAGGGCUGACGGCAUGCCAGUUACGCAUGGAGAAGCAGUCACUUAGAUGCUAUACACCUCCCAGCAGCGUUUGCCAUCAAGUAUCCAGCACAUCAAAAAACAGACACUUUAAUAGCCAAAGGGAAUAAUUUAGCAAAUGAGACUGCAAAAUGAGCAGCAGUAGGCAAUAGUAUGGGCCCUCUGUUGGUAACAGAGGACUGUGAACCUCUAACAACAUUGUCUUCUCUCAUACAAGUGCAGGACAGAGUUGAUUCUUAUGAGAUGUUGGUAUGGGUGAAAAGGGGGACUAUUAAGAUCACACAGGAUGGUGACAAAAAUUGUGGAGAAGUUGACACAGUUUGUUAUUAGGAAUGCACAUUGUUCCGAUCAUUGCGCAAGGGGGCAUCUCCAAAUGGUCUGGUGGUCGCCAUUUUUGGCAGCUACAGUUGACAGGACAUUGCAUGAAUGAGAAGUGUGUGGACAAUACUAAUGUCUAUAAGAUCACAGAUUACUAGACAAACACACCUAACACCUCAUGAAAUGUGCACGGAGAGACCAAUGCCAGUGCCAUAUCUUAGAGGCCCACAUGAAGGACCUCCACUUGAGCAAUUAGAAAGAGAACUAAUGAGUUAUGUGCAGCAUUUAACUCAAAUACAUAAAAUUAUAUUCCUGCGGGUGUAAGGUGCAGAGGAAAGGGAGGCUGCCAUUGCAGAGAGUCCAGGAUAGUGGGCGCAACCCAGAAGGCCCCUUUAAAGUCACCUUAAUGACCCCAACAGCCCUAAAGGUCGAAGGUAAGAGAGUUUGGUUCCAUCUUAACCACUGCUGCAGAGCAGACGACCCAGAAAGAACAGUUGAAGUGUACAGAAGAAGGGCAUCCCAGACCAGAAGGGGAUGGCGACAGCUCCAAAAAUUUACCCUAGGCCUAAAAGCUACUAAAUUGGACACUGUUCCUGUAGAUGAACGAUGCAGCGAUGAGGGGGAGGUGAGUGUAACAGCUCAAAAGAUCAAUAUAUAGACGCUAAUUCAGGCAAAUCUAUGAACCUGUGUAGCCAUUAAAUUGAUAAGGCAUAAACAAUGUACACGUAGAAGUCCGAUAGAAAGACUUCAUGAGACAAUUGACAAACUAAAGCAAUUUCGCAGCUUUAUAGUCAUUCAGCACAAUCAGAGGGACAUCAUUGUUACCACCACCCACCAACAUUCAUAUGCGAGAGAUUCAUUGCAGAAAGUGGCGAAUGAAAGUUUACACAGUUCCAGAAGGAGUGACUUUAGAAUGUAACAUUGUGUCACUCAGCUAUAUCUAUGAUCUAAUGCAGCUAGAAUGUACAUACUGUCACAGACACGCUAGGUUCCAUCGUCAGCCAGUCUCAGCGCACUCCAUCACCAGAAUACUAAUCACACACACCUGCUUCCCAUCAGCACCUAAUCACAACCGGGAUAAAAGCACACCACGCACCUUAGCCAGUGGUCCGGUCUCGUUGAUACCUAAGGACUCUACAUGUGGACUUCGCAAGACUUCCUGUUCAACUUCAGCGUGUACUUCUCUACUCCAACGUGUUCUCCCCAUCUCCAUGCGUCAUCUACCCAUCCACUGUCUACGGAACAGUAAGACUAAGGACAGUAUCAGUAGCUAUUAUUCAUCCUAUUACGUAUCCGUAACCUCACCUCUUACCUGCAUUCCUGUGUACACCGUGCUGUAAUCCAAUAGACAACCAUCUGUUUCCAUAUCGGUGUCUCCUGCCUCUCUGUCCAUAACAGAAGACCGGACCUUACCAAAGGAUUACAGCAUGAGCUCCAGGGACCCUGUUCAAGAGCGAGUGGAUGGUCUCCGUCGGUUACUCUCCACCGAUCCAACUACACCCACACCAGCCAUCACCACCUUCACCACCGGUGUACGCCAGUCCCAGAGCCAGACCCGCGCCCUUUACUGGCUCAGCGGAGGACUGCAAUGUCUUCCUUUGGCAGUGUUCACUGGUCCUGGAGAAGCAGCCCCAAUUUCCGAACCCAUACCUGGGCACCCGCCUGGCUCUCGGUGGUCCUCGCAGUCAUCAGACUGCACCCUAGCAUGCCAGUCGUAAGCCUGCACCCCGGCCUGCCAGUUGUCAGCCUGCACCCUGGCCUGACAGUCAUCAACCUGCAAACCAACGGCUCGCCUGCUCCGCUGCCCAGCUGCUCACCUGCUCUGUGGCGGCCUCAAGUUCCUGCGCUGCGGCGGCGAUCAUCAAUCCCUGCUGGAUUGCAGCAGUCAUCACUCCCUGCUGAAUUGCAGCAGCUCCCGGUCCCAGGACUCCCUGCUGGAUCGCAGCAGCCCCCAGUCCAUGGGCGCCCGGCAGGAUCACAGUAGCCCCCAGUCCCUGGACUCCCUGCAGGAUCGCAGCCGCCUCGUGGACUCCCUGCUGGAUCACAGUCGCCUCCUUUCCCGGCUGGAUCGCAACAGCACCAACCCCUUGUCACCACUGGAUCGCAGUCGCCUUCUUUCCCGGCUGGGUCACAGCAGCACCAACCCCUUGUCGCCGCUGGAUCGCAGCAGCACCAAUCCCUUGCCACUGCAGGAUCGCAACAGCACUAAUCCCUUGCUGAACCAUCUGCUGGACCAGAGCACGCUGCUGUCCCAUCAUCAGCUCCCUGUCCUCCUGUCCCGUUGCCGGGUCCUGAUCUGGUUCUCCAGCCUCCAGAGGGGUUCUGCCCUCGUCGCCGGCCUCCAGAGGGGUUCCGCCUUCGCUGCCGAUCUCCAGAAGGGUUCCGCCUUCGCUGCCGAUCUCCAGAAGGUCUCCCAUCUUCGCUCCUGGCCUCCAGUGACUCUCAGUCCCAGAUUCAUUGGUCCCUUCACCUUUACUAAGCAGAUCAACUGGAUCGACCUGCUCCCCGUGGAAGAGGACAACCACCACAGUGUUGGGGUCCUUGGCCCUCGAGAGCUGGCCGUGGAGGGGGGGUACUGUCAAAGACACGCCAGGUUCCACCGUCAGCCAGUCUCAGUGCAUUCCAUCACCAGAAUACUAAUCGCACACACCUGCUCCCCAUCAGCACCUAAUAACAACCGGGAUAAAAGCACACCACGCACCUCAGCCACAUAAUCACAUGACAUAAAUAUGAAACUUUAGACAGCUGAACCAUCUCCAUGACAACUGAGCAAACUUAAUUUGUUGAUGAAAAUUGUGAAAUUCAGUUGAAAGCAUGUAAGUAGACCUUGAGUUAAGAUAAUUGUCAAACUUAUAUUUCAAAAGCUCAAGAAUGAGCUUUCAUGCUCUAGAAUUUAUAGUACUAACAAUUCAGACUCUUGUUAGUCUUGUUUGUGCACCACAGCCCUGAUUCAGCCCCUAACUCACUCUGGAGACUCUGCCGGAUGAUCUGUUGCCCAGAAACCCUGGAGGCUAGAUUCCAUAAUUUCUUUGUGAGGCAUGCCAAGGCAAUAAAAAGCUUUUUAAUCUCUGACACUGACUACAAUAGCACAAUUACCCCUGCCUUACACAUGCACACAUUCACAGGGUGGAAGUUUUCAUUUGCUGUUAUUUUCUGAGGACUUUCCAGGCCACCUCACCAGCUGCUAGACAAACUCCUAAUCAUGCUGCUCAUCACCUCUGCCAGACUUUCCUACUUUUCUUCUUCUCUGAGCUCUGAUUGCAUUGCUUGGCACCUGCCUUCGGUGUCUGACCCGAAGCCAAGAGCAGCAAAGUCUUGUGUGACUAGACCUCUCCUUCACACUGUAUCAACUCCCCUAACGCACUUGUGCUUCCUUGCCCAUUCACUUGGUCAUUUCCGUACAUUUAAUGCAGAGGACAUUAGUCUCACAGUAGCCUGCAUUUAACACCAAAAAGGGUUUGCAGGGGCACAGAAAGGGGAGAUGGGUAUUGGUUUGUUGCCUCUACUGAAUUAACAUUCAGCAGAGUCUUUGCAAAUAAAAAUACCCAAAAUACUGAGAUGCCACUUCACACAAGAGUAAAAUGUGGCAAAAUAUGGUAGGUAAUUUGCAGUCAAACUUUUGUACUUUACAGAUUAUGCACAUUGCAACUUUGCACAGGAUUCAAAUAAACUGGGCAGGGAUCUUUGGGCAGGGAGUUCUACAGCUAAGCGCUGAGUUGGUCACAAUUCUUUAAAAAACUAAGAUAAGGAAUCCUUAUCAAUACUGUUUGUCAGCCUCAAAAAUGAAUUAUUAUGGAUCGGGCUGUAGUGCGAACAGCUAGAAGGGUCAUGAUUGCUGGCUCAUUGAGAGUUAACAAGUCAGAGAGUUAAUAAGCAUUAUUCUGCUUCAAACCAGUGUUACAAUCUUAAAAUCUAUUCUGAAAUUCACAGGCAAUCCAGUGAAGGGCACAUACAUUUAUAUCCUCGUUCUGAGUUCUGCAAGAUGGACUCUCUCUAUGUUUGUAGAUGAUUGUCGUAAUCUUAGUGCAUAUAAACACGAGUGUCAAAAUGAUGAGUCUGAAUUAAAAUCUCACCAAGAUCUGGCAUUUCCCACUUUGACCCAAGUCAAACAAAAAUAUAUAUAUUUUCUGUGCUAUGCUUUUGGGAUUUUGCCUCAAUGCAGAAGAGGUGAAUGGAAUUCUAUUUGUGCUCCUCAAAGUAUAAAACAAAUUUAAUGUACUUUAUGAAAACUCAGCAAUGUGCCUGUCAGCUCAUUGAGGGAUUAUGUGGCCAACUCUGAGAGUGAUGCAAAAAACAUCCAACUGUGUCUCAACCAAAGACUGUAUAAAACAUGGAGGUAGUGUCUGUGACGUCACCCAUAGGUUUUUGAAGAGCCAUUUUAGGCUCAAGUUAUGCUGCCAUCUUGGCAGCACUUCACUCGGCCCAACUCCUGGAUAACCAAAAAUGGGCAAACAUCUGGAGCGUGGGUGGCGCUGAGGUUACCAAGCUAGGUAAGGCUAAGAAGCUAGGCUAUAUGCUACUCUACGUUGCUAGCCGGCUAACCCUGUGGUAUGUUGUUGGCAGUCUAUGGAUGGUACCUAGUCACUGUCCCAGCUUACUCUUCAGGUCAUGGCCACCUGUGAUGCCUCCACCAUGACUGCUACACACCCCGGCCCUUUGUACAUCCCUGUCCGGCCCGUGUGAGGCCAAUCAUAAAUUAUAGGGAUGCACCGAAAAUUUUCGGCCAAAAUAUCUAAAUCACCAAAACAACACAGCCAAAACACAAUUGUAAUGACGCAAUUAAAAAGCCCAGCCAGCACACGGUAAGACGGAUAAGAGCCAACAUGUCUGUGGUGUGGACUUAUUUCAAUAUCUCGGAGCAUGCGUAAGCUGUGAGUGAAGGUGAACAGCAACAAGUGACGCUAGCCAGGUUACCCUCAAGAUGUCGGCUCAUGCUAAGAAAAGAAAAGUUGAUAACGACUGGACUGCCAAGUAUUUCUUUACAGAAAUUAAAGGUAAAGCCGUGUGCUUAAUCUGUGGUACACAGGUCGCUGUUAAAGGAUUAUAAUUUGAAUCGCCACUACACAACCAAGCAUGAGGAUAAAUACAGAAAUCUGUCUGAUGCAUUGCUAGCAAAACUGCAAACCCAACAAGGACUUUUUACGAAACUUCACACCCCCAGAGAUGCAGCCGUUAUAACAUUUGUCACAAAAUCGCCAGAAAAAGUAAGGCGUUUUCUGACGGAGAGUUUAUUAAGGAGUGCUUAUUGGACUCUGUUGCGCUGAUGUGCCCGGAGAAAAAGGGCGCAUUUGAGAACGUGUCACUCUCCCGGCGCACUGUAACGAGGCGGGUUGAGGACGCCGCUGGAAACUUGAAGCUUCAUCUGAAGAACAGAGAACUUUGACUGUUUUUCUCUGGCUUUGGAUGAGAGCUGUGAUGUACGUGACACCGCCCAGCCUGUCAUCUUCUUACGUGGGAUAACUGCAGACUUUCAAAUCACGGAGGAGUUGGCAGCCCUGCAGUCAAUGAAAGGGACAGUCACUGGUAAUGCCUUGUUCACAGAGGUAAAUGCAUGUUUGGACAUGUUAGGACUGAAAUGGGACAAGCUGGCAUGUGUGACAACAGACGGUUGUCCAAAUCUGAUGGGGAAAAAUGUUUUGACUUUUAAAGAGAAUGCAGGAUAAAGUGACAGAAAUGAACCCUGUGCAGAAAUUGACAUUUUUGCAUUGUACUAUACAUCAGGAAGUGUUAUGUAAGACAGUGUUAAAAAUGAAACAUGUUGUUGAUGUUGUAACUAAAACAGUUAACUUCAUCCGAGUGAGAGCAUUAAAUCACAGACAAUUUGUUGCAUUUUUGGAGGAAAAUGAGAUUGAACAUGGUGACAUAAGCUAUCACUGCACUGUCAGGUGGCUCAGCCUGCA